CCAAAGUUCGCCUGGCUGUGCGCUUUUACGCAUGAGUGGACUGAUCCGGUGUGUCGCACGACCCUCUGGCUCUUCGUCUUCAGCGUCAGCCUCUUCCUAUUUUUGGUCCCACGUGCAUCAAUGAUUCAUGGGUGGACGUUCUGUCUGGAGAGGCAUCAAACAAAAGUGAUCACAUUCAGAGUGCACCUGAGCGUUUGUACCUGGAAUCAUAACACACACGGCGAGGACAUGAAAAGACUCAUUCAAGAGUGGACAGAGAGCGCAGUCACGUUUCGGCCCGUGCAAGCAAGAACCCGUUUUUUUUCCUCCAUUGCAAUUGAAUGGGCAUCAAUUUUUUUUUUUUUUAACUGGUUUUAGAGUUUAUUGCAAUCAUUCGUGGAUUGUUAUGGUGUCACUAUACCCCACCGAAUAAUAGCGUCUGUCCACUGUACUGUUAAAACUCAUUCAGUACCAACCAAUUCUGGACCAAGUCUGAAAAGACGUUUAAAAACGUCUUUGGGAGUGAAUGAGCGUGCACCGCUUGACGAUAGCAUCAUCGCCUGCCUGACAUCUCGCCCCCCCCCCCCCAACGGCCGCAACAGCGGCAGGGGUGCACGUGAGCGGGUCACGGCAUUGUGAGCACACAGCCGCUGCAUGAGCGAGAGCUCAGCGCAGCUCAGCCGGCGAGCGGCUGUUACGCAAGAGCUCAGUCGGGCCCAGCUGGAGAUCAGAGAACAAGUUGGGAGUGAGAGAGAGAGCGAGUGAGAAGGAGAGGGAGUCAGUCGCAAACAGCAGUAAAGCACGGGACAAACAAACCCCCAGACUCGCUCGCUACUUUGCAGCCAGCGUCAUGGAUGGGAUUUUCCAACCAGGACCUGAAGCAAAAAGGAUCCACAAAGCGAUGGGGUCAACGCGCGUGACCUUGAUGCUGUGAACUUCUCCCACUUCAUCCUCUCACGUUUCGUCUCCAUGGUUCCCAACGUCGGACUCGCUCCUCAGAUCGUGCGGGUCUGGGUGCUGCCGAGCUUUUUGCUAUGCGCCGCGCUGGUCUCCAGCCGGGGCGCCGACGUGACCCCGCCGACGACCCCGGGGGAGUGGGCCGGCGGUACCACGGUGCCGACGCAGCCGGACCUGCGGACGGAGGGCCGGGCCACGACGGCGGAGGAGGUGCGGAUCGAGUUGGAGACGCAAACUCCCACCAGCAACUACUCAGGCCUGUCCUGUAUUCCCGUCCUGCCGCCGCGCCGGGGCUCCUUCUACGUGGAGAGCGGCACCGGGGUGUCGGUGGGCAGCGCGUUGACUUUCUGGUGCCGCGGGGGCUACCAGCUGGUGGGCAGUGACAAAAUCUACUGCAACGUCCGCAAUGGGAAAGCGCAGUGGAGCAACUACUUGCCCGUGUGUGAGGCAAUCCCCAGGCCAGAGGACCGCGGUUUGAGAGUGGCGGUGUUGGCGUCGGUCAUUAGCGGCGUCGUCAUCCUCGCCAUGUCGCUGUCCUUCCUUGUCUGCUGUCUACAGGAACAAUCCAGCAAGAAGAAAGCCAAAAAAGAAGUGCGGGCCAGACGCAGGGGAAAGCGUUCCGCCCGCCGCGGUGAGCGAUGGCUGGACAUAGAAGAAGGCGAAUGGGAGGCCUUCCCUCCUCCUAAGAUCUUCCAUCUAUCCCAGAGGAUGAACCCUCGUCUGGCACCGGACAGCCCGCUCUACCUAACCGGAGGCCUCGGGGGAUACGAGAACAGAGGAUAUCAGAGGAGUCAAGAGAGUCUGCUGAAAGCGGCCCCGCCUGGCGUCUACCGCUCCGACUCGCAGCUCUACCCGCACGUGGUGCUCCAGAGGGUCCUGCCCCCGACCGCCCCGUCGGCGCCGUCCGCCCCGUCGGCUCCCUCGGCCCCGCUCUACCUCCACCUCCCCACCACCUCCUCCUCUUCCUCCACGCCGGCGCACACCACCGCCCACUCCCAGGCUCACCUCAUGGGCCAGUACCCCACGCCGACGUACCCGCCCAACCCCAACACGUCGGUGCUGCCGUUCCACCAGCCAGUCCCGGCACCCAUCUACCCUAACCCCAACCCGAGGCCGCAGCAGCCGUGGCAAUGAGUGCGUCCCGCCUCGUGAACGGCAGCCGAACCAAAUCGAGGGAGGGAAGCGCUGUACAAGAACAACUGGACACCAAAUCCCUAAAACUGCUCCCUGGGUGCUUCACGGCCGUGUGGGGGUUUUAAAUACAAAGGACCGAUUUUGUGAAUAUGUACAAAGUGUAAAAAUCCAUGAACUUGAUUUGGGACAGCCUGUAAUGGUGCUGUUCUUUCCUGAAUGCACUAGAACCUGCACUGAAUAAGGAGCAACACAGCCUUCUUAAUUUUUUCCUUUUAUUUUACGAUUCCCUUUUAACCUACCGUGAAAAAAAAAAAAUCUACUGUUCUUUUAGUCACUUUAUCUGUGGGGCUUUUUAUUUUUAAUAACACUAAAAUUGUCACACAAUUAAAUUUGCACUUAUUUUUUUGUUCAGAGAGACCGUCCUGUUUUUCAAUUAUUACUGUCUCAUUUUAACGUCUUUAUUAAUAAUGUGAGUGUGCAAUAAAAGCAGAGACGUUUCUUGA